AUGACAUCCAAAGCACCUACCCGCGACCAACUCCUCGAGUCUGCUCAAGCUCUCUGCCAUGCCUUCGCGUCCAAGUCCGACAUAGACACCCUCCUCUCCCACUUCUCAUCCACCCAUCAGAUUUCUGCUUUCGAGCACGGCCUGCCUCUCCUCGCGCCCUUCCUCGGCCGCCACUUCCACGGUCGGGCCGGCGCCACAUCCGUUCCUACCUACUUCCAGCUCCUCCAGCAGUACCUCACCUACGACGACAUGUCCUUCGGCACCUGGGUCGUCGACGCCGAUGCCCAACGCGUCUCCGUCAAGGGUCGCGCAAAGUUCACCUGGACAGAGGGCGACGGCAAGGGCCAGUCCUGGGACGAGCAGUUCGCCUACAUCCUCGACUUCGACCAGGACGCCAAGGUCACCGAUUACCAGGUUUGGGCCGACUCGGGCGCGGCGUACCUGGCACGCCGCGGCGAGCUCAAGCAGCUGAUCGAGGGCAGCGAGAGCGCUAAUGUUAAGGAAUUCUCCCCUGGCCAGACCCAAGCGUCCGUCAAGGCCGACGAUCAGAGUGAUCAGACAGUAGUCGAAUGA